ACCAUACAAAUUAAUUCUGUUGCUUAUCCUGUCUCUUUCAGACCGUCCUGGCAUGCUGGACUUCAAAGGCAAAGCAAAGUGGGAUGCCUGGAAUGCAUUGAAAGGAACGUCCAAAGAAGAUGCAAUGAAAGCUUACAUAGCAAAAGUGGAAGAGCUAAAGGGCAAAUAUGGCAUCUGAGGACUGGAUAUAGCAGCCACUUGCACACCUGUAACAUGCCUUAUUUCUAAUACUGUGGAAAAACAGUUUCUGAGAAUAAUGAAUAAUUUUAAAUACCUAGUAUAUUGUAGUGGUUCCACUCAUGCCUGUAGUUCAGGGGAAGUUGUGUACCCACCUAACAUACUGACACGGUACAAAUUCCUUCUGGGAACAAAAUAUGGAACUCAUUAAAGUGCAUUUGGUACUUUA